GCUCAGGACUCCGAUAGGGCCGGGAUCCCAGGACCGCUCGGAGAAUGGGGAGGCGGACUCAGGAGCAGGGGCCUAACGCGGAGACUCGGGGUCGCGGGUCAGGCCCCCUCCCCACACUUCCUCUAGGGCACGGUUCCCCGCCUGGGGUCACCGCCCCCUUCGCCGCCCCCUCGCACCUCCCCACGCCAUCCUUGGCCCCGCCCUCUCCCUCCGGGUCCCUCCUUCCCUAACCCUCGUCCCUCCCUCUUUCCCUCCUCCCGACACCUCCUCCUCCCGACACCUCCUCCUCCCGACUCCCUCACGGCGCCGGUAAGUUUCUUCGCUCGACACCGCGCACGUCUCCCCGGGCCCGGCCCCGGCCCCGGCCCCGCGACCAUGCUGUGCGGCCGCUGGAGGAGCCGCCAUCGGCGGCGCGAGGAGCCCCCGGUGCCGGCCCAGGUCGCAGCGCCCGUCGCGCUCCCGUCCCCGCCCGCACCCCAGGACGGCGGCAACAAGAGGCCCGGGCUGCGGGCGCUGAAGAAGAUGGGCCUGACGGAGGACGAGGACGUGCGCGCCAUGCUGCGGGGCUCCCGGCUCUGCAAGAUCCGCUCGCGGACAUGGCAAAAGGAGCGGCUGUACCGGCUGCAGGAGGACGGCCUGAGCGUGUGGUUCCAGCGGCGCAUCCCGCGCGCGCCUUCGCAGCACAUCUUCUUCGUGCAGCACAUCGAGGCCGUCCGCGAGGGCCACCAGUCCGAGGGCCUGCGGCGCUUCGGGGGCGCCUUCGAGCCGGCGCGCUGCCUAACCAUCGCCUUCAAGGGGCGUCGCAAGAACUUGGACCUGGCGGCGCCCACGGCCGAGGAGGCGCAGCGCUGGGUGCGCGGUCUGGCCAAGCUGCGCGCGCGCCUCGAUGCCAUGAGCCAGCGCGAGCGCCUCGACCACUGGAUCCACUUCUACCUGCAUCGAGCGGACUCCAACCAGGACAGUAAGAUGAGCUUCAAGGAGAUCAAGAACCUGCUCCGCAUGGUCAACGUGGACAUGAACGACAUGUACGCCUACGGCCUCUUCAAGGAGUGUGACCGCUCCAACAAUGAGUGGCUGGAGGGGCCUGAGAUCGAGGAGUUUCUGCGACGGCUGCUGAAACGCCCCGAGCUGGAGGAGAUCUUCCAUCGGUACUCGGGCGAGGACCGGGUGUUGAGCACCCCCGAGCUGCUGGAGUUCCUGGAGGACCAGGGUGAGGAUGACGCCACACUGGCCCACGCCCAGCAGCUCAUCCACACCUAUGAGCUCAACGAGACAGCCAAGCAGCACGAGCUGAUGACUCUGGAUGGCUUCAUGAUGUACCUGUUGUCGCCUGAGGGGGCUGCCCUGAACCCGGCCCACACGUGUGUGUUCCAGGACAUGAACCAGCCCCUGGCCCACUACUUCAUCUCCUCCUCCCAUAAUACCUACCUGACCGACUCUCAGAUCGGUGGGCCCAGCAGCACCGAGGCCUAUGUUAGAGCCUUUGCCCAGGGAUGCCGCUGUGUGGAGCUUGACUGCUGGGAGGGGCCAGGAGGGGAGCCGGUCAUCUACCAUGGCCACACCCUCACCUCCAAGAUCCUCUUCCGAGACGUGAUCCAGGCAGUGCGUGACCAUGCCUUCACGCUGUCUCCGUACCCCGUCAUCCUGUCCCUCGAGAACCACUGUGGGCUGGAGCAGCAGGCUGCCAUGGCCCGUCACCUCCACACCAUCCUGGGGGACAUGCUGGUGACGCAGCUGCUGGACUCCCAGAACCCUGAAGAGCUGCCGUCCCCAGAGCAGCUGAAGGGCCGGGUCCUGGUGAAGGGGAAGAGGCUGCCAGCUGCUCGGAAUGAGGACGGUCGAAUUCUGUCAGACCGGGAGGAGGACAACGAAGACGAGGACGAAGAAGAGGAGGCGGGGGCCCCAGAGCAGAGGCGGCGGGCCAAGCAGAUCUCCCCGGAGCUGUCGGCCCUGGCCGUGUACUGCUGUGCCAGCCGCCUGCGGACCCUGCGCCCUGCCCCAGCCCCGCCCCAGCCCUGCCAGGUCAGCUCCCUCAGCGAGCGCAAGGCCAAGAAGCUCAUCCGAGAGGCAGGGAACAGCUUCAUCAGGCACAAUGCCUGCCAACUGACCCGUGUCUACCCACUGGGGCUGCGGAUGAACUCCGCCAACUACAACCCCCAGGAGAUGUGGAACUCGGGCUGUCAGCUGGUGGCCCUGAACUUCCAGACGCCAGGUUAUGAGAUGGACCUCAAUGCCGGGCGCUUCCUUAUCAAUGGGCAGUGCGGCUAUGUCCUGAAACCUACCUGUCUGCGGCAGCCUGACACAACCUUUGACCCUGAGUGUCCUGGACCCCCCAGAACGACUUUCACCAUCCAGGUGCUGACCGCGCAGCAGCUGCCCAAGCUGAAUGCCGAGAAGCCAAACUCCAUCGUGGACCCGCUGGUGCGCAUUGAGAUCCACGGGGUGCCCGCAGACUGUGCUUGCAAGGAGACCAACUACGUGCUCAACAACGGCUUCAACCCCCGCUGGGGGCAGACCCUGCAGUUCCAGCUGCGGGCUCCGGAGCUGGUGCUGGUCCGGUUCGUGGUAGAAGAUUAUGACGCCACGUCCCCCAAUGACUUUGUGGGCCAGUUUACACUGCCUCUCAGCAGCCUGAAGCAAGGAUACCGCCACAUCCACCUGCUUUCCAAGGACGGGGCCUCACUGUCACCAGCCACCCUCUUUGUCCACAUCUGCAUCCAGCGCUCCUGACGGCACAGCUGAGCCACCCUGGGUUCUGCAGGUGCCAGUCUGCAUCCCUCAGCGGAGGCCGUCUCCUCCUCUGGAGAGGAGGGGUGACGGAGGGCCAGCCCUCCAGCCUCCCACUUAGCCUGCCCGCCAGGCUCUGUUCUCAACUGGGUGCUGAGGGCCGCCUCAGCCCCUCCUGAAGAACAGGCAGUUGAUCUUUUCCCUGGGCUGUGAGAUGCCCCCAGCUCCUCGGGUGCUCAGCCCACCUGGUCGUCGUGGCUUCUGAAGAGCCAGGCCCGUUGCUGCCAGGAGACUUGGGGAGCAGGACAUGUAAGCCCUCAGCCACUCUCUGCCCCGUCCCAGCCUCCUUCCCACAAGGAGCCCAGCCACCCCCUUGCCCCCUCCCCAGGCGUUAGCCACCCCGUAAGGCCCUCCUUCCCCCUCCAGGCUUUCUGGGCUCCUCCCUCCAGCUCUGGAACCUGAGUGCCACUCCCUUGUUAAAGCAGGCAGGGAGAGGGAGGCUCAGCCUUGGGUAAACCUGGGAGGAGAUUUUUAACUUGUUUUAGAAGAGCCCUGGAGAGGACAGCAGAACACAAUAAAGAAGCAAGUUUACUUUACCAC